UGUUACAAGUUUCACAUUGCGAGAAGACAGGGAGAGAGAGAGAAAGGAACAGAGGCGCAGUGUGAGAGCGUGCAGGAGGAGCGAUGCUUGUAGGCAACUGUUGGCAGCGUGAGGGAGAGAGAGCGAGGUGGCAUGUUAGACCAUUCUCAUAAGUAGUGGAGUCCCGGGCCUCGGUUGGGCUGAGAGAGCUUCCCUAUCUCUCCUCUCCUUAUUGCAUCAAGUGCCUCUUGCCCUUUGCAGAGCGGAAUAUUUCCAGCUGCUACUGUAUUUCUUCUGCAACCUGCCUUUAAAAUAAAAUUUAAAAAUCGGUGUUCAAAAAAAAAAGGGACGUGUGUGUUUGGAGAGAGAGGAAACAGCAUCCAGCGUGUCCCAGGAAGACAAGAGAAGUCGAAUCGAAUUUCUCUAGAUUUGCUCUCUCCUGCUAAAAGUUGGAUGUACCUGGAGCUGCUGAAUGCAAGCUAUUCUGAGCACCUCCAAGCGUGGCGGCGGCUAUAGAUGUGAGUGCAUGCUUAACUUUUUCCUGGCUCCCUGGAUUUGUACCAUGCUCAAGAUCCUUACCAAGAAGCUCAGGAAUCAGAGUUUGAAUGAGAUCCAGCCUUUCCAGCUAAAGAUUUCCUACCCCCCAAGUGAUGAGGAAGACAGUGAUGAUUCUGAGGGCGAGAAUCAGGAACUUGCUCAGAUUGACAGAGAGAGAAGACGGAAUUGCACCUUGACCCCACUGGCAACCAAUCAGCUUCAGAACCAGGAAAACCAGUGCUGCAAGAUGAGGGCCCACUUUCCUGCUGGCCUGGACCGCCACAGCUCUGAAGAGGAGCUGGAACGUAUCAGCCGUGAGUUUGCCGCUGAGAAGCGGAAGUGGUCGCAAGUCAACAGACUGACCUGCUGUGGUGACGGCUGCAAUACCUCCUCCAGUGAUGAGGAGGUGAAGAACUUGUGUGGCAUGUCUUUCCGGCCUGUGGUAGAAGCAGCAGAUGGCUUGCAUGCCAGCUCCAGCCCAGUGCUUUUCAGUGCCUCUCCUCCCAAGAGACUCCAGCCCUUGGUACGGACCCCAGCAUCCCGGCCCCUAAUCUUUACAAGCGUUGGAGCCAGCUUUGAGCAAGUGAUGCCAUGUAAACGACACCGCCGGCAAGGCUACGGAGACAUCAGUAGGCCCAGCCUUGACUUGGAGAAAAUGCAACAGAAGAUGCUGUUGAAAAAGAACUGCGGAGCAAAGACGCGACUUAUCAAAAUUCGUAGCAGCAGUCUCCAAGCGACACAUCUGGAAUCUACCAGAGAGCAUAUCAAUGGGAGCCGGCCACAACCUCACUUCAUCUACGACCCGUCUACCUUUGCCUUCCGGUCCCUGAGCACUUUGAAGCCUCUGAGCCCAAUAGCUCCGGUUGAAGAACCAUCAUGUGCCUACUGAAGGAGAUACUUGACACUCUCAGGAAUCAUCAUACCAACCAACUGCCCAGCAGGGACUGGGUGUGGGAGGGCAUGUUUUGGCAAUAACCACCAAGAUCCUUGGUAACAUGAGAUGGGUGACUUUUUUUGGUCUUGUGUCUGUUUUUCAUGCCGUCAUUACUUCUGAAGACUGGCAGAAAGAGAAUGUAUGUGCAUCGAGUAAGUCAGGCUCAUAAGCCAGAGUGCAAUUAUGGAGAUGUUAUCUGAUGCACAGAGAGCUAGUUUCUUAUAAGACAGAGCUGGUGUAUUGCCUUUAUUGAGUGAGCAGGAAAUGUGCUGGAAAGUGAGGAAUGUCUGUCACUUGCCUCCCCAAAUUUAGUAGAGCUGUUCCUCUACAGAGGGGUAUCCCAGUGGCCUAGCUCCUUUCCAAGGAAGGUCUCCGACCUCAUCAUGCCUGUUAAUUUGAAGAUAAAUGUAGGCUUAGCUGUCUUUUGAGCUGCGCUUUUACUUAGUAUAGCCACAUUGCAAGGCUAGAGCAAGAAGCACAAUGAGGUGGUACAGCCUCAGACUUGCCUUGAGACACAGUGGCACAGUAUGCCCCAAAAUAAUUUUUCAUCUGGAGGCAGAAGAAUAUUGUGUGUUUUGCAUAUGCAAUCUGGAAUACAGCGCCAAAGAACCACAGGUUUUCUGUGGCUGGGCAGAUGUUAGGUUAACGGUACACAAGAGAGAAGACUAGGAGGACACAGACCUCCAUUUACCCCUGCACUGGGCAGUGUGGGAGUCACUUUUCCAGGUGGUUAUCCCAUGGGGUUGCUGAGAGGGGUGUGUAUGCAUGUGCAUACACACACACACCGAUCACUGGGUGAGGAAGAAACCCACAAUUGUGGUCACACUUUUCAAACGCCGAUCCCACAUUGGGUUACACUGUUUGCACACAUGCCAAAGAGGGUAGUAACAUAGGAGUAUGUGUGUGCCUUUUGAUUUAUAUGUAGGUAUACUCGUUUAGGUGGAAGAAGUACUGGGAUGUUUAUAGAGUUUUUUGGGGGAAAUGCAUACGUGAUGUUCUUGUUGCAUAAUUGGUUCUUGCAGAUAUAGGUGGUGAGGGAGGAACACAGACAUGUUUUAAACAAGCAUCUUUAUGGGGGCAAUAAUAUUUCUUUACUAUGGAUACAGUCUCAAAUUCUGUACUCUGGCUUGUCCACAUAAGAAAGACCAGUCAUUCAUACCGUUAAAUGGACCAGAUUCUACAGGGUAUUCUGCUAACCUAAUAACAUAUUCAGAAUAUGCUGGGCCUUAGGAAACUAGGUUCUGAUUAUGUACUUCAAUGUUCUUUCAGUCUAUGUGGACUCAAUGACAUUUAUUCCAAAGUUGGUCUUACCCAAGUACUAAUACAGUGGUUUACAAUCUAGCAAACCACGCUGCUGUGCAGUCUCCCAUUUCUAUUUUUUAAAGUCCAAAACAAUUAUUUGAAAAAUUUGUAUUGGCUGUAGCUUGAAAAACUCUGAUGCCUUUUCCCUUAGCUCUUGAAUUGUGUCUUAGAACAUAGCCCUGUAUGGUGUAAAUUACUCUGUUACUCUUGUUGCCAUUAGAAUCCCAAGAGUGGAUGCUCUGUACAUUGUGGAUAUAAAAGUUGAUUCUUCUGCCUGUAGACCUCCAUGUAUGAUGAUGUGUACAUGGGUGAUGGGAGCUGAAGAGUAUUUAGAUAAAGGACUCCCACACUUUUUUGGGGGGGACAUCAUUCUGUACGAGGGUAAUUCAGGGAUGUACACAACCCUCUUUUCACCAGCAUUAGUGAAAUAAAAAGGUCUCCCUUUGUCCACUGUGUGGUUCUGCUAAGAACAAAAUCAAGAAUGAAUGCAACAAAAUAGAUCUUUCAAAAACUGUUCCUUGUUUUCCGUUGUUCUCCAGUUAAAAGAGGGGGAAUUAUUUUCUAACUUGUUUUAAUCCUAAAGAUGAUUUUGGCAUGCUCUGUGGUCAACAGUGCAUGGUAGGAUUUGUAGUCCCGAUCGACUCUGCCUCCUUAUACUAAUGACAAGAGCAAAUGUAAUCUGUUGUGCUAUUUCUGCAAAUGUAGGCUUGGUCUACAAAUAGCCAUUGUCUGUUACAGUCAAGAAAGGUUUUGGUGCUUCUUCCUGUGCUCAACACCAUCAAUUUGUUCCACAGAAUGCUUUGUUUCUUUGCUGAGCCAGCUGACUGUUUGGCCUAAGAGAUGCCCAUAUGAUGCUCCAAGAUGAAGGAAUGGAAGGGAGAUGACCUCUGUCAAUGUUGCCUUUCUUUAGUACUUUUGUAACAUUGCUCUCGUGUGUGUUUUUUUCCAACCAGAACAAUAAAGUUACAUUUUAACUGCUGCUA